AUGGCGUCUCUCGCUCCUCGGACACGACAGCAACAACAGUUCGCCUCCGCGCAGCCCUCUCGCAGCCAGACAGAAACCGUUACAACACCGUCACCGGCCAACCAGACCGAGGCCCAGCCCCAGCCCGUCCUCCGCCUGCGCGGCGCCCAUUCCAACAGGCGAACAGUACAGUGGCGGUCGGACGUGGUCGAUAACGAAGGGCUAGGGCGGAAGAAGUCCAAAGGCAAGCCAACCCUCUUCUGCCCCGCAGCCUGCCCGCAGCUAACCGAUCGUCAUCAAACCAACUCCUCCUCCUCCUCCUCCUCCGACUCGGACUCGGAUUCCGACAGCGCAAACCCAAGGGGGAGGAAGCCGCCCGCCGACGGGGACGACGAGCACGGACACGGGCAUCAAUGCGACGGGCAUCAUCAUCAUCAUCCCCAUGACCACGCGCACUCACACCCACACGGCCGGGGGCGAGACGGCACGAGCGGGAGGAGGAGGAAGCGCCAGCCGAGCCCGAACGCGUACGAGAAGAUGCCGCGUUACGACAAGCCCGGGAAGGACGAGUCAGGAGGCGAUGGAGGGAAGGGGAGCGGCGGGCCGCAAAGCGCGUGA